CAUCAUACACACACGGUGCCUGUCAAACAUAAUGGUAAACAAAACUUGCUCCGAGGAAAAAAGGCAAACGCGGCUAACUAAUUUUUAUUAAAGUAAAAGUGCAUCGUUUCAACCCUCUUUGUUGGCACAUUCCUUUCAUCGAACAACAAAGCAAGUCCGAGUUUUGGGAGGAAGCAAAAGCACAGAGCGUGGCUCUCGGGCCACUCGAGUCCUCCACCGCCAGUCAUCUUCCGUCCUCGACACAUCUCUCGCUCUCUCUUUCCUCUCUUUGUUCCCAUCAAAAUGCCUUUCAUCCCAUCGGAAGCAACACUGCUGCCCGCGGCCUAUACCGUAGCCGGAUUCGCCGGUUCCAUAGCACUGCUGCGGCUUUACAAGCUACGCAAAUGGGGCCGGGUACGGUCGACCUUUUCGCUGCGUGACAAAACCUUCGUCAUCACCGGUGCCAACACGGGGCUCGGCUACGAGACCACCAAAGCCCUGGUCCGCCGACAGGCGACCGUCAUAAUGGCAUGCCGCAACAUGGCCAAAGCACAGGCAGCAAUCGAGAAGAUCCGGCAGGAGGAGCAAGAGGAGAGGAAGGGAAGCAAAAGCAGCGGAACACUCAUCCCGAUGCAGCUCGAUCUGGCCUCGUUCCAAUCAGUGCGCCAGUUUGCCGGUGAGUUGCAACGAACUGUACCAAGGUUCGAUUGCCUUGUGAACAAUGCGGGUCUAGCGGUGCGCGAACCGGAGUUUACGCGCGAAGGCUACGAGGUGCACUACGGUGUGAACCAUCUGGGUCAGUUCCUGCUAGUGGAACUAUUAAAGGAACGUCUGCUGGAGCAGGGUACCCGUGUCGUCGUCGUCUCAUCCCGUAUGCACGAGAUCGAAGCGGAGAUCGAUUUCAAGAACUUGGGCCGAUGGGUGGAGUAUGGGAGCAGGUUGAACCGGCUGUACAACAAUUCGAAGCUGAUGAACUUCUACUAUGCACGCGAGCUAUACAAACGGGGCUACAAUGUGCACGUGCUCUGCCCGGGUCUCUGCCAUACCGACUUCUUUCGACACUACGAGCCCAAGUGGUACCACUAUCUGCUCUUUUCACCGAUCGUCUGGUUGAUGCUGCGCAGCGCGGAACAGGGUGCCCAGAACAUCAUUUACGCGGCCACGGAAAGCGUGACGACACCGGAAUGCAAUCCGGUCACCGGGUACUUCAUCUCGAACGUUCGCAUGCGUCGCUCCAAGUUUCACUUCGACGAGAACACAUCCAUCCGGUUGUGGGAUGAGAGUGUCCGUGCCAUCGAACGUUCUUCGACGAGCAGCACGACCUAGAACAGCAGUAGCAGCAGCAGUGUUGUACUUUACGAUGGUGAUGGUGAUAAGGCAUGCUAGGAACAUAAGACAGGUUGUUAAUUGGUUCAUGGGGCACGGUUGUACGGCGGCAGUGGCACUAACGCGUUUGGCUUGUUGAAUUAUCUAAAAUGGAUUUUAAGGGAAAAAACACAUAUUAACAUCGUUUCCAUGAGUAAAGUCUGAGGAUAGGAUUUCGUUUUACCUAGCGGUACACUAAGUAGAAUUUGAGUUCCUCUCUCUCCCUACUUCUCUCCCACAACUAAUGCAUAUUGGAUCCCGACGGGAAUAUCAAUGAAAUGUAACGUUUACCUUAUCGUCAUC